CACUAGCGCUGCUAGUGGACAAUCAAACCUACACACCCACCUCCAGACACACUCGCAUUUCUCAUUUCUUACUUCUACUCUAAAUUAGAUAGCAAGACGUAGUGUCGGAGCUCACAGAUCGCAUAGAAUUAGUUUUAAGUACUAGCAGUAGUUAAACAGCAAAUCUGAAAUUCAACAUGGAGUCCCCUCCAGAUCCAGCGAGCGACCCGGGCAACAGCGCCUCGGAGCCGGCUACCCCGGUCAGGGAAACCCCGGUAAACCUGGAGACGCUCCGGAAAGCGGACCAUCCAGCCCCGGUUCGAAGGCAGACCUGUUCAAGCACCAACAGAGGUAUCUCAGUAACAAAGAAGACACAUACCUCUCAAAUCGAAAUAAUUCCCUGCAAGAUCUGUGGAGACAAAUCAUCAGGCAUCCAUUACGGCGUGAUAACAUGUGAAGGCUGUAAGGGCUUCUUCAGGAGGAGUCAGCAGAGCAAUGCAGCCUACUCCUGCCCCCGUCAGAAGAACUGCCUGAUUGACCGCACCAGCCGCAACCGCUGCCAGCACUGCCGGCUGCAGAAGUGCCUGGCAGUGGGCAUGUCACGAGAUGCGGUGAAGUUUGGCCGCAUGUCGAAGAAGCAGCGAGACAGCCUGUACGCUGAGGUCCAGAAGCACCGGCUGCAGCAGCAGCAGCGUGACCACCAACAACAGCCCGGAGAGGCGGAGCCACUCACACCUAGCUAUGGCCUCUCAGCCAAUGGCCUCACAGAGCUCCAUGACGACCUCAGCGGCUACAUGGAUGGUCACACCCCUGAUGGCAGCAAACCAGACUCGGCGGUUAGCAGCUUCUACCUGGACAUCCAGCCAUCUCCUGACCAGUCAGGCCUGGACAUCAACGGUAUAAAGCCGGAGCCCAUCUGCGACUUUGCCCCCGGCUCUGGCUUCUUCCCUUACUGCUCCUUCACCAACGGAGAAACCUCCCCCACCGUGUCCAUGGCUGAACUAGAGCACCUGGCCCAGAACAUCUCCAAGUCACACAUGGAGACAUGUCAGUACCUGAGGGAGGAGCUGCAGCAGAUGACCUGGCAGGCCUUCCUGCAGGAGGAGGUCGAGAGCUACCAGAGCAAGCCCCGGGAAGUCAUGUGGCAGCUGUGUGCUAUCAAAAUAACAGAGGCCAUUCAGUAUGUGGUGGAGUUCGCCAAGCGCAUCGACGGCUUCAUGGAGCUGUGUCAGAACGAUCAGAUAGUGCUGCUGAAAGCAGGCUCUUUGGAAGUUGUGUUUGUCAGAAUGUGCCGUGCCUUUGACUCACAAAACAACACAGUCUAUUUUGAUGGAAAGUAUGCCGGACCUGAUGUGUUCAAGUCAUUAGGCUGUGACGACUUGAUCAGCUCCGUCUUCGAGUUUGGGAAAAACUUGUGUUCUAUGCACCUGUCUGAGGAUGAGAUCGCCCUGUUCUCCGCCUUUGUGUUGAUGUCUGCUGACCGGUCUUGGCUCCAGGAGAAGGUGAAGGUUGAGAAACUCCAGCAGAAGAUCCAACUGGCUCUCCAGCACGUCCUGCAAAAGAACCACAGAGAGGAUGGGAUACUUACAAAGUUGAUAUGCAAAGUGUCGACACUGCGAGCGCUGUGCAGUAGGCAUACAGAGAAGCUUACAGCUUUCAAAGCAAUAUACCCAGACAUUGUGCGUGCCCACUUCCCCCCCUUAUACAAGGAGCUGUUCGGAUCAGACUUUGAGCAGUCCAUGCCCGUUGACGGGUAGCAGCCCUGCCAGGUGCCAGUGUGCCCACCGUAGGGGAAUGUGGAAGAGGAGGAAUCUGAGACACUUUAUUGGUGCCCUGCACAAACCAGAGCGGACAGAUGGCAGGCUGUUCAACUUCUUCUUUUACAUUAAAGGGGAGGGCUUAGGGAGUUGAUUCUCAAGGUUUACUUUAUCAAAUUUAGUUCUCUUUGGAAGACUUGUGGGACCCGACACCCCAUGGGACAUGAAGAGGAGAUAGGGACAAAUAAUUUCUGUCUGGUUGAACUUGACCCUCUUUUGCGCAUUUCUAACAUGGAACUCAUGAUUCACUUAAUUUCACUCAUUCAUUCUCACCAGUAUUUAUUGAAUUGCCAUUAUUAUGAUUUACCUGUGCAUCUGACUUGUAAUCGUGUAAGCAAUUACUGAGUUGAUUUUGGAAUUAAAAUAGCUGAAGACGUCUUCAAUUAAAAGAUAAAUCCACAUGAGUAUUAUUUUUCAGAUUACAUUCCCAAAACAGUUUUGGUAUUAUCCCUAUCUCCCCAAACUGAAAUAAACAGCUGACAAAUGCGCACAUUUUGGUCAAGUUCAGCCCUUUUUCUCUUGUGUUCAGUCAUAUUUUUUGGACGCAGUUCAUGGAUUGAAAACUCACAGCGACUUUGAGGGAGGGUCUGUCGGCAUGGUAAUGCAACCGGCACCUCUCUAUGGACAAUCGUUAAAAAAAAGAAAAGAAAAGAAUUCUGGUAAUUCUAAUGAAAACGCAAUGAUUUUAGCUGUCAAAGACUCCAUCCACCAUUGUUGCAUAGUGAAAUCAUGUAAGGCCAUCUGCUAUUAAUCCUUCUCUGAACAGGUGCCCUGGGGAAGCACAGGGCACCAACACAAUGAAAAGGGUCCAUUCCACCUGUUUUAUAAUGUACUACAGGGUAUAUGGUCAUAAGUACUUACUAUACAGAAAAAAGUAAUGUUUAUAGAAUCUAUUUUAAAUAACAUGUAUGAUAUUAGUAGUUAGACCAUUCUUAAUUGUUGAAUUGAUAAGGCACUUUUAUUUACACCUUUCUUUAAUUUAAGACUUGUAUAUUUACCUAGUGAUGUGUUGCAUGUGCACAAGAAAUACAAGUUGAACCAUGGUCACAGAUGCUAGUCCUGGGAGCUGCAGAUGAUACUGGUCUGGAAGUGUAAGGGCUGUUUGUUAGGAUUGCUGGCGAGGCUGCUGGUUGGUGAACAAAGAGGCAUGGAUGAGAAGGCAGGUUAGAGGAGCUCUAUCCCCUGUUACCUCAACAACCGCCUCCAUGACACCUGUCCAAAUGUAGCUCUGAUACUCCUUUUAGGGAGAAUGCACAUGUACAAUAAGGGCCAACAAACCUUGAAGUGACGUUACAGUCUCUUGGCUUUCUCGAUCGAUUUCUACAUAUGAAGUACUAAUUUUACUUUGAAAAACCUCACAACAGGUCUUAUAAAUCAACUUGAAUAGCUGUGGGUCGGACUGGGAAGAUCCACAUUCAACACACACACACACACACACACACACACACACACAGACUUUAGUCCAAUUGUUCCAUCUAGUGGAAUGUAAAGAUACAGCAAGCAAGUUGACAGCCUAAUGACAAAGAUACAGGGUCUAACCUAAAAGCACAUUCUGUCAAAAUGUUUUGAGUGUUUUGUUGUUGUUGUUGUUGUUGUUGUUGUUUUAAAGUGACUUUAUCUGCCUUCUCACCACAGCCUCAGCCUCAGCAACACCACAACAGGACACAGAAGGAACAGUAAAGGGAAAGUGAAUAUUCAAAGCCUUGUCUGGUAGUAAAGCUUCUAUUUUUGUAACAUGUUUUGGUUAAUAAACUCAUGAAAGAGAAUGAGGGAGAGAAAAAGAUGUCAGGUAGCACUUAACUAUAUCCCUGCAAUAAUUAGACUAGCUGUUGUUUGUAUGAUUAGGGAAGAAACAUAAAAAUGGUAGGACAAGUGCUAUUUUCAGAAUGCUUUGUUGUUGUGCUUCUGUUUUGUUGAGUGUGUCUUUCUUGUCAGUGUGAUAGUAAAGUGGUAGAAAAAACCCUGGAUGUGCCAAACUAGUCGUUGCUUCCGCUUUCCAGUCUACUCGUCUAUAAUGUGUAGAAUGGAUUCCUAAGACAUUCCAGCAAUCUCAGUAGCGGCUUUUAGAAAUAUCUUUAAAAAAAAAGAGAAAAAAAGAAAGAAAAAAAAUGAUAUCCCUUUAGAAACCCAACAAAGCAUGUUGAUACAUCUGUCACCAACCGUAACAUAGAAUCCAGUUGUUUGUCUUUUGUUUUCUGUUUGCACACUUAUCAUUCCUCUGCCGUGCAAUCUGUACAAGGCGUUAAUGCCUUGUGCUGUCACCCCUCAGGGAAGAGUUUCUUUUGCGCUUUCUGUUUGAAAGGACGUUUGUUUGUACUCAUUAGGUUUAGUUUGUGUUUUUGUCAGGGAUGUUCCAUCAGAAGUGGUUGAGAUUUAACAGUUGAAUAUUCAUCAGAAUUUUACAUUAUGGAUGUCCUUAGGGGGCCCCCAGCCACUCAAAGACCACUGCGCCCCUACGGUCAAGUUCAAGAAAAUCUCAUUUGUAAAAAAAAGCAACAAACCCCAUCACUUUUACAAACCGCAGUUUUAUCAGCACACAGCAUAUUCCUGUCACACAAAAAUCAGUUUAGGUUUCAAACGGUGUCAUCAGGGUCUUUAAAAAUGAUAACCCUCUUUGUUAGAAAAACCAAAUAUUCUUAUGCAAUACUAAAUCCGUUGUGUUUGGGUUGUAGUAGAUAUGCUGUACCUAAGUAAUAAUUUCUGUUAUGAUGAUCCAAUGCUAUUUGGAUAUGCACAAGCCCUCUACGACUAGUAAACCUCAGUCUCCCAGCAAAAGAAACCCAGUCUGGAACACUGCUAGACAAUCCAGGUUGAGAGGCCCAGUGGCCCGCCAAGAGCAGCGAAAGAGGAUGAGGUGUGAACGCUCAGGGAGGUAACAGGUAGACCGAAGAAGCAGCUCACUUUCCUCUGGACAGUUGCAGAGCAUUUGAUUAGCUCGUAUGUGAAUUUAUGAGGUCUUGUAAAAGCACUUGAUUGAUGAGAGGAGGAGGCCUAGCACACUGAACAUGCAGUACAGCACUUACUGUUCAGAAAGCAAUUAAGAGAUGGAGGUUUGGCUGAUAUCCUGUUAUUUAUUUGCAAAAAAAAAAUUGGUGUGUUUUUUGAAAAUGAUUCCACUGUUGUAAUAUCGCUUGAUGGUCACAUAAAACAAUUCAGUAUUUUCUCAAAUAUGAUCAGCUAAGGUCUACCACCAAAACGGUUCUUUUCUUAUAAAGUGAAAACUUGUUUUUCAUUCAAGUGGCAUGUAAUGUGUUCUACAAUAUAAAACAAGCAAUAUGCCUUGUGUUACAAUUACGGGUCUCUACAGUGCAGUCAUCAUCCUUUUUUGAUUUUAUUUAUUCAGUUGAUUCAAACUGGUGACGUUUACUCUCAGUCUAGAACAAAAUGCCCCAUUGCUCUGUUUUCAUCUUAUGUACUGGUAUUGAUAUUGGCAGGAUGGCAGAAAAUGGUCAUCAAACACACGGAUACUUGUGUCUAUAAACUGCACCUUCACACGGGCCUGUAGAGUGAUGUCCUUCUGUAUAUUCUCACUUGAGAUAUCCCGAUUUAAGUAAGGGAUUGAUACUAAGUGUGCUAUUCAAUCAGUGUAUAGUAUACAGUAAAAUGUGCUGGUCCUUCUGUCUCUGCUCUGUUGUCUGUUUGUAAAAAGCAAAAGUGUGUGUGUGCGUGUGUGUGUGUGUCUGUUCUCACAGUGUGUGAAUAAAAUAAACCCCAGACAAGGCUUUAAUAAUAACAGAGGAAUAGGGUUAUGUGGACGAGGUUUUUAUUUUGGACUUUAUAAAAAAAAAAAAAAAAGUUUUGGAAAUGCUGAGCUUGAUCCAUCCAUAAUAGGUGUAGGUUUUAAAAGCAUGACAUAACGCCUUCAACAAUUCAUAGGUUGCAGAAUGCUGUGAGGCAAUAUUGACCAGCUUCACAGUGAAAACAUGCUUCAGUAUUAGUUCGGACAGCGCAGCCACAGCCUGAGCUGUAAUUAAUUCUGGAGUGUAAAUUGUGAAAAUGAGUCUUCUCGGCCAUAAAUUGUGAAGAUCAGUGUUAUGUCACGCUUAAAGUUGUGCUGGAGUGUCGGUGUGUUACCCAGAAUUAUGAGUCAGUCAUCACAUUUUAACAGAACUCAUUUUCCAAAGCACAGCUGAUAAGGAUUUAUGAUUAAAAAUACGUUUAAGAAUAUAGUUUAAAAAAAUAAAAUAAAAGCAACUUUUAGCCAUAUUCGAAUGUCAAGCAAUAAUAUAUGUCUGUAUAUUAUUUUUGAUUCUUUUGUGCAUAAUAGUCUUUGAACAUCUGCAUGUAAAUACACCUCUUAUUUAUCACCUUUUUUGUUUAUUUUGUGUUGAUUUCGUGGAUGUUUUUAUGUUUCAUCUGUAUAUUUGACCAGUUCUGUUCCCAGGUGGAGAACUAAGAACUUGAUAUGGCCUGUAUGCUGUAAAUCUUAUUUUCUCACUUUCUCUCUCCCUCAUUCUCGGCUGUUCAUUCACCAUAUUUAAUGUUAUUAUUGAUCACAUGUAUAAAGGUAGCUUUGUUAUUUCUGUCUGUAUAGGUAAGAGGAAAAUACUGCUACUAAGGCCUACCCAGUGAAUCUAUUUAUCUGUUUAUCAAUUACACCAUAUUGUAUGAUAACUCUGUUUACUAGUUUGCUUCCCUCCUUUAGGAUUAGUUUGAUAGAGAGGGUGUGCUGACAUUUAUUUUGUGUUGCCCUGAUGUGUGGUGUUAGGUAAGUUCAUUUUGUGAACAAAGUAUUGAUUCCUAAGCCUGGCCGCCCUAUUAGUCCAUUCAUUUCAUUGCAUAUUAAUGUAUUAUUGAUAUUAGGACUCAAUAAAUAAUAAUGAUAAUAAUGAAAAUGAUAGUGGUAAAAUUACCCAGCCAGUACCUGUAUCAGUGUGCUAGUAUUGGGAUAAGGCACUUAUUUCCUUCUGACUUAUAGCAAAGCUAGUAUCUGCUAAUUAACAAGCUAUUUAAGGUUGCUUUUCUGGUUUGUGGAAAAAUGAUAAUAUUCAAACUAAAACAGCAGUAUUGUGUUUUUUUUCUUUGUCUGAUUGUAAAAACCACUCACUGAGGCUAUAGUUUGUCAGGUUUUAAGAUACUAAAUAUUUACCUCUUUUGUGUCUGCUUUACCUGAUGCAGGGAAGUGGUGCUUGGAUUUUAAUAAACAGAGCCUCAGUAUGCUUUUGUUAUUCCCCAUUUUAGACUACCCUGAAACUGGUUUCUUCAGACCAGUGGCGUACAACUCCUGCACCACAUCAAGUGUUACAAAUUUACAUGAAAUAAUUGCCAUUUGAGGACAAAGUUGACCUUUUCUCUCCACUCUGUAGCAAAUAUCAGUGAGAAUAUGCUUGCAAUAAUUCACAACGUAUCACACUGAGUGCCUCUCGGUGUAACAAGAUGCAUACAUGGUUCUGAUUGUCUUUUUUUGUGGUUUUCCAGACGUGUAAUGAAGUGACAAUGUAUUUUGUACAUGAGGAUGAUGAAUUCUCAACUCACACAUGCUUCAAAUGUUUUUUCAGACUCUUUCUUUUUGUGAUGUUAAUCAUUUUCACGUGGGUUGAUGUUAAAGGGUUUUAAUGUAUAGAUGGUCCGUUUAGAGUGUAUAUGUCACCCCUCACCUUGUUUUUUGAGAAACAUAACUGGGAAGUUUGUUUCAUGUUGAAUUAGAAUGGUCAAAUAAAUGCUCGCAGACAAUAUUACAGAAAAGUUCCCCUUUUUUUGAACAGGCAACCCACAUUUCUUCACUUUCUGUUUGUUUUAUAUCAACUUUUUUAUUUCACUGAGAUUUACUAAUGCAUUGUAUAUCAAGUAGUUGUUUGUAAAAGAGGCAUACAACACAUCUGAAUUUCUUUAAUGUUCUGUGUUUAAUGUGCGCUCAGUCGGUUGGGGUAACUUAACAUGAAGGGUGGGUGGAUUCUUUUUUCCAUGUAAAAGCAGUGCAAAUGAUGGGAAAGCCGAAACUAGUGUGUGGUUGUCACAAAUUUCUAAGUCACACGUUUGCUACUGAUGUUAAAAUGGGGACAGUUGAUCAUGUACCUUUUUAUCCAGCUCUUUUGAACUCUCUUUAGCAGGUAGUCUAUUCACAAACGUAGUUUUGCUCCUUCUUGUCUGAUUCUUAAAUAUGAAAAUAAGUAUUUUGAUUCAUUUUGUAAAUACAGCUGUAAAGAAAAA